AUGGCCGCGUCCCUCCGUGCGGCAUGCGUGCCCGCGACCUUCGGCGGCCUCGGCCUGUUUGGUGCCGAAGUGCUUUCUAUCGAGGCUGCGCUCGUGACCAACUACACGGCUUCUUCGCGUGAUUUUGCAAGAGGCACCCAGCCCUCGACAGAACUUGAUAAUGCAACUUUUUGCAACGUCACCGUGUCUUAUACACACCCCGGACAGGAGGACAACAUCUUGGUCGAGACCUGGCUUCCCAUUGAGAACCCAACAUGGAAUGACCGUCUCCAGGCAUCCGGCGGUGCCGGUUGGGUGGCCGGCCGUCAGGCUUUCUCUUACGAGACGAUGGCGGGCUCCCUGGCUGACGGCUAUGCGGCGACUACGACGGACGCUGGGCUGGGGAGUACCGUGGACCCCGCGAUUUGGGCUGUCACCAGCCCUGGAAAUAUCAACUGGUACAGCGUGAACAACUUUGCCUCUGUGGCCCUCAAUGAUCAGGCAAUCAUCAGCAAAGACGUUGUCGAAAGCUUCUACGGCAAGGCUGCGGCCUACUCCUAUUUUAAUGGUUGCUCCCAGGGCGGUCGUCAAGGACUCAUGCUUGCCCAGCGGUACCCCACUGCGUACGACGGCAUCGCGGCGGGCGCGCCGGCCAUGUACUUGUCCCGGACCGGACCGUCAUUGUAUUGGCCACAGGAAGUCAUGAACAUGUUGAACAGGUAUCCGUACGGAUGCGAGAUGGAGGCCAUCGCCGCCUCGGCAAUCUCCGAGUGCGACGGUCUCGACGGCGUGGUCGAUGGCAUCAUCUCCGACCCCGAUGCCUGCCUCGCUCUCUUCAACCCUUCCAAACUCAUCGGCACCCCGGUUCCCAACUGCCGUCAGGCGGGUAAUGAGACCGUCGAGAUCAGUACUGCGGCCACGGUGAUUGUCAACGCCACCUGGCAUGGCGUCAUCACAGCCAACGGGGCAUGGACUUGGCAUGGCGUAGGCCCGGGCGCGGAUAUCAGCAACGAGGGUCUCGUUGAGUUUGAGAUAAUGGGCACUGCGGCCACCAAUUGCGACUCUGGUGUUUGUGUUGGCCGGCCAAACCAACUCGGUGUUGACAUGAUGCAGUCGUUCCUCGGAAAGGGAGACCCGAACUUGGACAUUUCCAAGUUAACAUACAGCCAGUUCGAUGACAUGAUACACUACGGCCGACAGAUCUAUGGCUCCUUUGAUACCAAUGACCCGGACCUGUCCCGUUUCCGCAAUGCAGGUGGAAAACUGAUAAGUUGGCACGGCCUCGUAACCGCCCUGCUUUCGGACACUCCCGACUUUUACCGUCACUAUGAGCUCCCCGGUCUCGGCCACUGCAUUGGUCGCGCAAGCGGUCAGCCCACCAGCCUCUUUGACCAGCUGCGGGCUUGGGUCGAGAACGGCACCGCGCCGGAGCACACGCCUGUGGAUGUUACGGUGCUGGACGGAUCUCUCCAGCAUCGCAUAGCCUGUCCCUACCCGGAGGUCGCCAAGUUUGAGAAGGAUGGGUGCGAGGACCCAGCUGACGCGGGAUGUUGGUCUUGUGUAGCACCGUGAGCGUCGCCGGUAGAGCUCGGCCGAUUAGGUAGUGAAAAGCAAAACAUGACGAGGGUAGUUAUCGCAAUCUAAUUCUUGGAAUUCUUGGAAAGGUCAGCUCAGCAAUUCAUCAUAGGUUGGAUGGACAGAUGAAACAUGAAUAUUCGUAUAUUCCCGUAGUUGCUCGGUGGAGACUUGGUAGUAUGAUGAGCGCGGCCCGACUCCAGGCGGCCACGCAACGUUAGAAGGACUCAUACAAAUACGCAUUCGUUCCAAUUCUGCGAUUAUCCUUGUUGCUGGUAAUUUGCAUGGCAAAAAGAAG